AUGGAACUCUUCAGUUGGUUACAUAUCCGGCUUCUCCCAGAUAUUUAUUUGUCGAUAUUGGCCGUGGUUUUGACGUUUCCACUGUCUCUGGCUUUCACACUUGGGUGGCGACCUACUAAACUGGAUUCGGGAAACCCCUUUGCUCCAACUGUUUCAGCCGUGAUACCCCAGGUUCUUGGAGUGAACAGGGUCUGCAAAUCUGUGACAAUGGAAAAUCUGAAGCAUCGUCCACUAAUCAAAUCUUUCCGUCACAAAGCAAUGAAAUCCACCAAGAUAUGCUCAAUCAUUGACUGA